GCCUGAAUAAGGUUGUUCUGUUAACACAUGGUAACACUUUAAUACCUGGCCUGCAGUCGAAAGUCUGCGUCUGAAAAUAUGCCUUUUUCAAAAAGCAUAUGUCUUUGCGCAUAUGACGUCAUUCAAAAUGGCGCAGAAAUGCAGACAUUCGACAUGAUGCCGAGGAGAGAGAGAUCCUGGGAACGAGGUUGUAUGAAGCAUCAUCCUGUCGAAGGACGUUAAAAUCCCUUACUGUGAACUCGACCAACAAACACCGCAUGUGUGUCAGAAGGCUGAGAAUCUACCAGACAAUACGCUCAACUGUCUUGGCAGGUUUAUUUCUUGUUUUACUGAUGUACUCCAUCACACUGUUCAAGAAAGAAACAUAUUUUAGACAGUUAGAGCCUUGGAUUUGUAACGUGACGGCAAGGAUGCGAAAUGCAGGAUGCCACGAUAACGACACAAAGACGAUCUUAUUUUACACCCCUUGGUUUGGACGCAAGCCAUGGCCAGACAUUGCCACCACGAAACUAUAUCUAUCUGAUUGUCCCACAAAGAAAUGUAAAAUUACCUACAAUGUAGACGAUGUAGGGAAAAGUGAUCUGAUUAUGUUUCACGCUCCAGAUAUUCCACGAUUUGUCAGGACUAAGGAACUCCACGCGAUACACAAAUACCGAUGCACAACUCAACGAAUGGCGUUUCUAAGCCAGGAAAAUAUCAUGAAUGAUCCGCUAGAGUCUGACAUUUCAUUACCGGAAGGAUUUUUUAACUGGACGAUAACUUUCAAAAGGGACUCAGAUUUUCAUCUACCUUUCGGCAACUAUUUUCGUUUGCCAUCUGCUGCAAAGCCAUCAAAAUUCACCAAUUAUGCAGCAGAGAAAAAUAAACUUGUGGUGUGGGCUGUUUCCCGGUGCGGCAGGAUUCGAGAAAAGUAUGUCAAAAAGCUUCUGAACUACAUCAGUGUUGAUAUUUAUGGUGAAUGUUCACGUAUCUAUGGA